AUGGCUCGUCUCACGGAGAUACAAGACGGUUCCGACAGCGACGAUGCGCACCGUUCCGCAUCUUCCUCUAAACAGGCUUCACGAGCAGGUCUGACGCAAGACGAGCAAGAGCAGAUCCUCCACAAAUCUGGCCUCAUCGAGAAGCUGGGUCUGCCCAAAGACUUUGUCACGAUGGAAGACUCCCAAGCUCAACUUGAUGCACUCAGAAAAAGGAAGUCCAAAGCACAGCGAAAGGAGGCAGGCAACGUCGAAGAGGAAGAUGAUUCGGAUGACGACUAUGGCAUUGCAUCAGAUCACGAGUUUGAUGGAGACGAUACAGCGAACCGAUUGCUGGAGGAGCAGUCAGCGACCGAGAUGAGCCCAAAAGUGGAGAGCAUGCUGGAUCUGGUGAUCUGGACUAUGCCGUUUGGAUUCAUGUACACGCUGCUGGAUGUGCUGGUGCGACAGCAGUACGGUGAGACAGUGGGGUUGCACGAUGAGUUGAUACGUUUGGUUAGGGCUCUUCCUGUGCUCGCAUUCUUUAUUCACUACAACCUCACAACCAAGCAGCAAGCAGCGAUACAGUGGCUUCUCUUCUUGAUCUGCUUAGCAUGCGGUUGCUCGCUCAUCUACAUUGUCAACAAGUCAUCGUACGACGUGGUCGUGCAGCGAGUCGCACCACUAGGCACGCUUUGGAUCUUCUCUGUUGUGCGUCUCGAUCUGAUACCCGCGUGCAUCAGUCUGGCACUCACUGCGAUGUUUGUCAAGCAGGCAGAGCUCAAGAUCAUGUUCGAUUAG